AUGAAUGCGGCGCGACGAAAGUUCAUCAAGGACAUGAUGGCGCAUUACCGUGCCUCUCAGCCGCCAACGGAUCACGAGACAAUUUUGAAAGAUCUACAGGAGCGUGUAUUAGACAUUGGACUGCGCUCUGUUAACAAGGCACAUGUGGAGCUCUUUGGAUCGCAUGUUAGCGGAUUCUGUAAGCCGACGUCUGAUGUUGAUCUCUCUUUAACCUAUCGCAACUUUUCACCCUGGCUUCAGGGAAUGGAACGAGUUGAUGAGCAGAACAAUAAACGCAUGAUGCGCUUCUCAAAGGAGGCAGCAGAAAUGGGGAUGGAGGAUGUACGUUACAUUCGUGCUCGCAUUCCUGUGGUGCAGUUCAUCGACAGUCUCUCAGGGCUUCACUGCGAUCUUAGCAUUGGAAACGUGGGUGGGGUGGAAAACUCAAAGAUCCUUGCCGCCAUCCGUGAGGUGUUCCCUGACUUUUACCGGGCCUACAUUCACCUUGUGAAAGAGUGGGGUAAAGCACGGGAGGUGAUUGCACCGGAGCGAUCCACAUUCAACAGCUUCACCGUGACGACCAUGGCACUUAUGGUCCUUCAGGAACUUGGACUGUUGCCUGUCUUUUCAAAACCAACGGGUGACUUUGGCGAGUUGACGCUGCCUGAUGUGCAGCUUCAGUUGGAGAGUUUUAAGCUACCGGCCAUCUAUGACUCGCUACAAGGGGAUGAUGAGAAACUUGGUGAGGCUGUCUUUUUUUGCCUGCAACGCUUUGCGGAGUACUACUCAAAGUAUGACUUUCGCUCUGGUACCGUGAGUUUAAUCCACCCGCGCCGGCAUCGCAGUGUCUAUGAAAAGGUGGUGAAACAGUAUCUCGAGCGGCUGGGGGUGAAGAAGCGCAUUGAGUGGGAGAAACAUCUUGCAGAGCACAAGGAGGAUGGGGCAUUUGAUGAAAAUGAUUUCUCCGCAGCGAUGCAAAAUGAGGCGACGCAGCGCCCCUGCACAUCACCUUUUGUCGUGGAGGACUUUGUGAAUUAUGUGAACUGCGGUCGUCGUGUGCAGGCGACACGCGUGCAACAUGUGCAGCAGGAGUUUAACCGUCUGCACGAGAUGCUGGUGGACAAAGAAGAGGAAUUGGAUUUUGAGGAGGUCUUCCGUGAAAGCGAUGUUGUGCCACGCUUUCAUGGCUUUGAGGGUGUCGGUGCAAGGGACCCGCGCGUUAAAACCUUCCGCGCGCGGUAG